CCGUUUUACGUCCUAUCGGCCUGCGUUCUCUCAAAGACUAUGUUGACAAGAAAUUCGAGUGACCGCUCUAACAAUGGAAAUACAUGUUCUUCAAUAUAGAAAGCAGGCGGGAGGAAACAAGAUCAGGUGGGACCUUUCUAGACAAUAAAAGGGCAGAUAUGCGUGUGUACAACGGGCAUAGAGAUCAGUGGAGGCGCUGAGGGGAGGAUGGUUCAUUAUAAUGGCUGGAACGGAGUAAAUGGAAUGGCAUUGAACACAUGCGUUCCAUUCCAUUUGCUCCGUUCCAGCCAUUAUUUGAUACCAUUACACAAAUUCCUCUCCAGCUAUUACCACAAACCUGUCACCUGUCCUCCCUUAAGGUGCCACCAACCUCCUGUGAAAGAGAUGUAUAGGGGACAAAUCUUUGCCAUUAUCGCACCUGUGACAGCAUGGGCGGCGCCAUUGAAAGUAAUCCAUUUUCUUCUUCAUUGACUGCUUGUUCCCAACUUAUAGGAAUCCCCACCCAGUUGACGACUUUAAAAUGGUGGAAGCCCUCAAUGGCAAUGUUCAUGCUAAAAUGGGUUAUAUCCAUGAUGAGUCCUGAUGAUGGCACCGGAAGAGAUGGGUGCUGUUUUACUGGCUCCUAACCAAUUGUGCCAUUGUGUGUGUUUUUUAAAGUUAUUUGUAACUUACUUUGUAUGUAAUGUUUCUGCCACAGUCUCUUAUGACUGAAAGGAGCUUCUGGAUAUCAGGACAGCGAUUACUCACCUCAUACUGGACAAAGAUUUUUUAUAAAACGAGUCGGACGCAAGGCCCAAAUCCCCAUCAUUCACAUGAAGAAGAGAUGGAGAUAUCGGGGACAGAGUUCGGGUGCCUUGUAAGGAUCCGACGGCGAUGGUGCCCUCACCAGCAAAGCAGAAGGCUAAAAUGGAUGACAUUGUGGUGGUGGCCCAGGGGACACAGUCAUUGCGCAACAUCCACAAUGACCCUGAUGUCAUUAAGCUUUGGGAAAUCCCAACUUUUCAGCCAUUGUUGAAAGGUGUGCUGAGUGGCCAGACAUCCCCCAGCAGUGUGUGUCUGGAGCGGCUGGACUAUGCCCAGGUGCUGCAGCUGUGCAUCCGCUACCAGGACCACCUACACCAGUGUUCUGAGGCCGUGGCCUUCGACCAGAACACCCUGUUCAAGGGGAUCAAAGAGAUGGACAUAUCGGUGGAGACUUUGUUCAGCAUCAUGCAGGACCGUCAGAAGCGCUACGCCAAGUACGCUGAGCAGAUCCAGAAGGUGAACGAGAUGUCCAUGAUCUUGCGGUGUAUCCAGAUGGGCAUCAACCAGACCAUCCCUCUGAUGGAGAGGCUCAACAACCUGCUGCCGGAGAGCGAACGCCUGGAGCCCUUCAGCAUGAGGCCGGAGGGGGACGCUGCAGCCAAGUAAUAGUAGUAGCAGCAGCAGCAUUGCCGGGGUACGCUGAUACACUCACUGUCAUGGACCUCUAGUCUUAAUUCCCAUGCCCCUGUCAAUCACCACUCCAGAGAGACUUCUGAAAGCUCUUUAUUGAACCAUUUAGAGAAAGAGAGAGAGAGCGGGAGGGAGUGAGUACAAUAAAGAAUGCUGCCCCACCAGCUCCCCAAGCCAUCCUGAACCCUUCACGUCCACAACUCGCCAUCCCACCAGGCCUGGACAUUUAGCUCAGCCCCUCACCAUAAGCCAUAAACACUUCCCACCCCAUCCAGCAGAAGCAGUGGGGUACAGGGACAGCUGCACCCCACACUGGGGUUUACAUGUCAGUGAGUGUUAACCAUCUUCAGUCACUGAAUUGGAAGACUGCAAAACAGAAGUUUACAUGAUGAUGCACUGAUUUGGUGUUAUCACAUAGUCAGGUCCAAAUUUAUUGUCACCCUUGAUAAAUUGCUCGGAGAAAGAGAUUUUGUCAGUACUCUAGCACCCUCCCCUUGCGAGGAUAAUGGCACUGAGCCUUUUUGUCAAUUUUCUUUACGAGAUUGAAGAACACAUUGGGAGAGAUCUUAAACCUUUCCUCCAUAAAGAAUCGUUCCAGAUCCUUGAUAUGCUUCAUCUGCUCUUAUGGACUUCCCUCUUCAAUUCAGACAACAGAUUUUCAAUAGGGUUCAAGUCCGGGGACAGAGUUUUGUUUUCAAUAAAAAUAUAUAUAUAAAAAAUGGCGGA